AUGGACCCAAAAUAAAGAAAAGAUCGUUCAACAUCAAGGGAUAAAAAGAAAACAAAUAAAAAAUAAACACAGUAUAGUUAUGGAUAACUAAAAUUUGGUGAAGUACAAAGUAAGUCAAAAAAAAUAUCAUUAAAAACAUUCUUUGGAAACCCUGAAUUUGAAAUCUUUUGUUUGAGAUUUGAUUUCGAGGAUCAACUCAUAGCAGCUGGUUGUUCGGAUGGAACAGUUAAAGUUUUUAACAUCGUGUCUGGGAAACUGGCAUUUAAUUUAUAAGGAUCAUCAGAAGGAGGCUAGUCCUACAACUGCAAUUAGCGUGGAGAAGAGAUUGUGUUUUUAUCAGCGAAUUCUGAUGGCUCCCUUAUGAUGUGGCAAGCACAAACAGGAAAGCAAUUAUUUAGGACAGUAGAAUAGGGCAACCAAUUAUUGGCCUUAGAUAUAAGAUCAGACGGAGAUCAAUUUGCUACUGCAGGCAAAGAUUUUAAAAUACGUGUUUACGACGAUGAAAAGAAGGAAGUAAUCCACACUUUUGAUAAGGCUGAUUACAAUCAACCAGGCCAUUAGAACAGAAUCUUUGCACUUAAGUAUUUGGAAGAAACACCCAAUAUUCUACUCUCUGGUGGAUGGGAUGGCAAUCUCCUGAUCUGGGAUCUUAGAGAUCACAAAUCUGUAGGAACUAUCUACGGUCCUAAUCUUUCUGGAGAUAGUUUAGAUUUUAGAAAUGGUUAAAUACUGACUGGCUCUUAUAGAACAAACAAUUAGGUAUAAUUAUGGGACUUUGGCACCAGAUCACUGAUUUAGGAGAUAUAGUGGGAUAAAAAUAAUAACAACAGUGAUUUUUAUGUCUAUUCGUGUUAAUUCAGUAAAAUCAAUGGAGACACUAUAUUGGCUGGCAGCAGUGGCAAAUAGGAACUGAAAUUGUUUGAUAUUAAUAACUAAUAUUAAACUUGUGGUUACAUACAAGAUUUGUAGGAAGGUGUUUAUUGUGUUGACUAUGGAAAUAAAAGUAAUAAAUUUGCAUUCGGUGGUGGAGAAGGUGUAGUCUACAUAUGUUCAUUGACUAAUUCAAAGUGA